GCCCAGUUAUAUUUAAAUUUGAAAUUUGAAAUGUCUACUGGAAAAGGAAAUUAUUUAAAGGUGAGAGAGCAGACAAAGAUAUAUGAAAACACCAUAUCUAUUUCAAAUACUCCUUCUCCCCAAUAUAUAAAGACAAAGAGGUUAAAUAUAAAACAUCAGCAGUUGAUAAAGGACAGGAAAGAUGGAUCUCGGAAAUCAUUUGCGGAUAAGAAUUCAAGUGGAGACAAAGACUAUUUGAUGCCAGAAACUUCCCUAUCUCCUAUCACUAGCGGUAUCCAUCAUACUAGAGAAUGAAUCAAAAAUAUGGAAGAAGAUAGUAAGCAAAAGACCAAUUCAAGUCAUUCCCGUGGAGCUCGUUUGAGCAAUAGUAGUUAUCAAUUAGACAAGCUUAUAUAUUUAAAGCAAGAUUGAAACUCUGAGAGGACAGUUAAUAAAGAAAUUUAUCCCAACAAUGUUUCUGAUGAGCCCAAUAUGGAGGAGACUAGUCAAAGUGUGUUUACUCCUCAGUCUAAAAAUAACAUAACAGUUAUAAGACAAUCUGAGGCUAGAAAAAUAGAUGAAAAAAGAGAGUGCUCAAAUUCCUCUUCAAAUUCAAAAUCGUCAGGGAAUUUUGAAAAUGAUAGCUCUUCGAGUCCUGAACCUCUCAGCUCAAGGCUGGAAGGUAAAAAGAUGAUGGUAUAUGAAACUGAGAAUAUGCAGGAAAAAUAUAUCGAGGGGAUUAAUAAGGUAGGAGACCAGUACCAUCCUAAUUUCCAUAAGGAACUACACCAAGUAUCUGGAGACAAACCACCCACAAGUGAAAGAAUGACUAUUACAGAUGAUCCAGAUACUCCUUCCCUAGAAUUCACACGACUAGAUGAAGAGAAGAUCAGCAUCACAGAGUUUGAUUGAAGAGAUUCUAAAGUUACCCAGCUAAGGCGUUUCAGUGAAGUAGAGAAAAUCGAAUCUGAGUCUGCUGCUCAACACCAAAUGAGAAUUGAAGAAGAACCUCUUGUUUUGGAUGCGAAAGUAGACUCUAAAUCUAAAGGAAGAUACUCAUAUUCAAAAGCUAAUGAUGAAUCCAACCAUAUUUUGAUAUCUGAGGAAGAAGUGCCCAGAAAUACUAUGAUUCAGGUCCGAUAUCAAGACCCUGAUAAAAGAAAGCUCAGUUCUAUAGAGCACCGAAACGAGGAGGAAAAGGGACUCUAUCUUGAAGUACCAGCUCAAGAUUUCAGACAAAAUAAUGAAGAGAAGUCAAUUCAUAAUAAAGAUGACCUUGAGAAUUUUUCUCUUCAAGCUCAGAUAAAGAGCUAUAAAGAUGCUUAUCUAUUCCAAAGCCAGUAUCUCUCAGGAAUCACUGAGAAAUCUGAGGAAGAAAGUGGGUAUACUAAUCAAAUUUAUAAAAGUACCAGUUAUCUUAACAAUGAAGGAAAGAAACAUGAUAUGUUUGUCUCUUCAAACUAUAGUGAUGUUAGCAGUAAUAUUAACUCAAGAUUACUCAAAUAUUUUGAAGAUAGUCUCCAGAAAGAGAUCCCAAUGGCUAUGAGUCCUUUACAUAAUCCUCAAAACUUUAACGAUAGUCACCAGAUGAAAGAAGGGAGCAAGAGUCACUCAAAUAUUUUUCCAGUUGAAGAAGAGAACAAAAGAGUCCCAACAGAAGUUCUCAGUUGUGAGCAAGAGAAAGAUGGAAACGCUUCUACUUAUUCCUUAGCUAAAUCAAAUAAUUAUGAAGAUCUUACUUCGAAUAAUGCCAGUAGCCACAAGAAGGAUGAUUAUCAGCAGUAUUUUCACAAAGAAGCUGAAGAAAAUAAGUCUCAGAAUCCUAAUAAAAGGAUUGAAUAUGAGCAAAUAGAGUCAAAGCCAGAGAGCAUGAACUCUAGUAUGGAGAGAAAAGAAAGGAAUAUCAAGAAGUUUAUUGAAAGUGCUGAUAAUGAGAAUAUUCUUGACGAUCUCAGUGACCAAGAGCAGCAUCUCAAUAUAUCCUCAAUCAGCAAGAUUGAAGAUUCUAGUAUAAGUCAUAAAAUACCUGUAUUAGUUGAAGAUAAGAGUGUGAUUGAGGAUAGCAAGGAAAAGUCUAUUUCAAGACAACCUACCUUUUCAAGAUUCAUUCCUAAUUUAAGACAAUCAAAUGAAAAUCAUCAGAAGAAAAAUAGUAAAUUAGUGUAUGGAUAUAAUGCUGAUGAUAGAAGUGAUAAAAAUCUACGAGUUUCAGAUGGAGUUGUUGCUCCCUUACUUUCAUCGAUAUCUGGGUCAGAUAGUAACUUUAAAAAUCUUUCAAAAGUUGAACAUUCGAAGCAUGAAAUACUCAGCUCUAAAAAUAGAAGUUUAAAUCAAGAAAAGCCAGAUAUUUCUUACAAAUCAAGUGAGAAUGUAUACCCACAAUUUUUCGCUUCAAAUGAGAUGAAGACUUUUACAAUGAGUAGUGAGGGAAGUAAGAAAUACAGAUCUCCCACAUUCGAGGCUAUUUCUGAAGAAGAGAACAACGUAAGUAAUUAUUGAGUGGAUUCUCCUCUCCAUAAAAAGCUGAAUAUGGAUAUUGAGCAUCCAGAACAUCACACAAGUAGAAGGUAUUUUAAAAGACCUCCUUCAAUUCAUGCGGCUUUAAGCCCAGAUAUUUCCCAGGCUAAUAAAGAGAUGAUGGUGCAGAACCCCAAAAUAAUCAUUGCUCAUUAUGAAAACAUUAUCCAAUGUUUGAACAAAGAUUAUGAAACCCUGUAUCAAAAGAAGGAGGAUUCAGAUAUAAAGGCUCAGAAGUUAAAGACCCAAAUGUCCGACUCCAAUAAGCUCAUUCUUAAGCUACAAGAAGAGAAAGAAUCUGACAAAGUUAAAUUCCUCCAAGUUCUCAAUAAAAACACACCCAUGUCAAAAGGAGAUCUUGAACCAUUGAUUCUGGGGAAACAAUUUCAACUAGAGUCGAGCUCCAAUACAAACUCAGAAGAAAACCUGUGUAAAAGUGAUGAGUUGCUUACAAAAUAAAUCAGAAGCUUCAUCUGUGAUAGAAAAUUCAAAGGCAAAAAUAGAUGCCCGGAAAUCAACUAUUUUCCAGUAUAAAGCGAGUUUAAAACAGAAAUAAGGAUCAGAUCUUCACUUUGAAUAAUCUGAACUCUAAUCUAAAAUCUGAACUGCUGGCUCAAAAAGAGCUUGAGGAUGAACUUAAGAGAGAGCUUAUUCAGCAAAAACAGAGAAGAAAAGAUCUUGAACUCGAAGUCAAGAAGUUAAGAACCCAGAAAGGGCAGGAUAAUAUCUCAAUCAGAAAGUUGGGCAACCAAAUAGAAAUCCUUACUCGUAAACUUCAAGAAGAAAAAGAGAACUAUAGUUACCUUCAGAACGAAACUGAUGAAAUCAAGAUGGAAAAUAGUGAGCUUAAAAGCAAAAAUAUGUCUCUGGAAAGGGAGAGAUGUAUCCUCCAGAACCGCUUCGAUAAACUGAACAGAAUGCUAACAAGAGCCUCUGCUGACUCUAAGAGAUACAAGUCUGUAGUUGGCCUUCAGAAUAAUGCUCUGCAGGACCUACAGAAAGAUUAUAACAAAGCUAUGGUCGACCUCAGUCAGAGUGCAAAUCUUUCUGAAGGCCAAAACUUCUAUAGCCAAAGGGACAAAAGCGCUCUGAAUGAAGACAGAGUUAUUGAAAAUGACGAGAAAAAGAGUUUUUCGUAUAUCUUUAUGGACAAACUAGCACAUAAAAAUACUCCUGAAAGAAAACUGGUAGAGAAACUCUAUCAUCACAAGGAGGGAAGAAAUCGCUACAUAGGAAAUUACCAUUCAAAUUCUUUGUACGCAGGGUAUUUGCAUGAUUCAAAAAUGAAGUGACUUAAUUUAUCAACUAAUUUGGCUGAUUUAGGGCAAAAGGAUGCUGAUAAGUCUCUCAAAUCAGCUAAUCUUUUUGAGAAAACAUUAGAUAAUCCUCUUAUGAAAUAUACUAAAGAUGAUAAAUGCAAUAUUUCUCUGACCGAAGAAGAGGUUAAUGAUAACACACCAAAAUAUACUCAAAGAGUGAGAAACAAUUCAGAGUUUAAAUUUGAAAGUAAAAGGAUAUCAACGGAAAAUGUCAUUCAGAUUUCACAAGAAUCUAAUUCUCCUGAAGUUCCUUCUAGCAAACAUGAAGAUUCUUUUGUAUCUGCAUCGACUAUCAAAAAUUCUACACUACAGAAUUCUCCAGAAGUGAUUGACACCAUCCAUAACUUAAAAGAUAAGUUUAGAAGAUCAAAGUCUAGAAGAGAAAAUAGGAUUUUGAUCCAACCCUUGCCUAAGCUUAAGGCUAAAUCAAAAUAUGAAGAUUUUAGAGGGGCUCAGAGUAUAGAAAGAAAGCCUCUGACUUGAAUGAAGUCGAACAUUACAUCACUCAAAGCUCUGAAGCCAAGCUCCAUAGUAGAUACUUCACAGAGAUUAACAAAGGGAUCUAAUAACUAUAGCUCAAUUUUCAACCCUAAAUCAAGCAUCUUCUCCCCUGGAACUUGUGAUAGAACGAAGCUCAGUAAGGAUGAAUUGGUUAGUUCUCUUGACAACACCAUGAUCAAGGGUACUUUCAAAUCAGAAAAUAGAGACAGUGCCUCUAGUGUUGCUACCAAGAUCACUAUGUCCAAGCCUUUCAAGAUACAGAGAAAGGGAGGCAAUUAUUCAGUUAUUAAGUGAGGCAAGACUUUUAAAAAGCAAAUCAAGAAUGAAAGGAAGUCAAAUAUUAGAUAUCCAGAAGGAAUUCAAACCUCAAGGAGAGAUUCUGAUGAAGCGAAAGAGAAUAAAUUUCAAUCAGUAGAGGAGAAAUCCUUUCACAGAAAUCCUUCAUGGAAGUUACAGAAGACCAAAUAUGGCAGUAAUUAUAGAAUGAAGGCAAAGACUGCAGAACAUCAUCAGAAGAGUUCAAGAGGAUUUUCAGUUGUGCAAAGAGAUGUUUAA